UUGAAGCGCAACCUGUGCUUAUGGUUGGUAGAACACUUUGACCCUAGAACAUCUCAUCUCACCCUUGAAUCUGGCGCUCGGAUCCAUGUUACGCCAAGUGACGUUGAAGAGGUACUUGGCCUACCCUCGGGAAGAGGAGAAGAUGUGCCAAAUUAUAUUGUACAAAGUGUGCAUUGGUUAGAAAAUGGCAUUUUUUUAAAGGACGGUGUAAUAGAAGUGCCAAACUUAGUGCAUCAAUUAGACGUUCUUCCUGUUGGGGAUGACUUCAAGAGGGCUUUUGUCCUUUUCGCUUGCGGAUCACUUCUAGCACCCAUAUCGAAAAAUGAGACAAGCAAAAGGUUAUUGGCAGCGGUUGACAAUGUGGAUGCUAUUAAAUCGUAUAAUUGGGGGAAGUUUGUUUUAGAUUGGUUGAAAAAAGGAAUUGCGUCCUAUAAAGGAAAGGAAGGAAGAGAAGGUUGUACAUACAUACAUGGAUGCUUGUUCUUUCUCAUGCUUUUCUACCUACACCGUGUGGAUGUCAAUGGACCAAAACCGAAGCCUGAGAUGUCAUGCGUACGUGGAUGGACCAACAAAUUAAUAGGCGAGAGGUUGAAUUUGGAGAAGCAUAAAUAUAAUGGUUUCGGCUUCGGUGAGGUAAAGUUUACAACUGAUACAUCUGAAGAUGCCGAUAAGGAGUUGGCAUAUGAAAUUAUUAAAGUUGUUAAGAAAUGGAAGCAACGGCACAAUGUAGGCCAAGGCAGGGGGUCGAGAUCCUCAGAACCCAGUUCAUCCACACGACAACCUAACCCAUCUUCGCAAUUGUUUGCACAACACAAUCCGAUUGAGGAGGAAGAUGAAUCCCACAUACCAGUGGAGGAGGAAUUCGAAACCUCCACAAGACAAGCAAACUCACCCUGGCAAUCUUUUACAAAACACGAUCCCAUGGAGGAGGAAGGAGAAAUCCCCGCACCAAUGGAGGAGGAAGUGGGAACCUCCACAGCAAUGGAAGAGGAGCGUGAUGUGCAGGAAGCAGUGAUCCCUUUAUUACGUGUUAUAAAGCCUGGGCGCCAUAAGGGAUCACCUUGGGUUGAAAUGAAGGUCAACCGAUUGCGUAUCCUUCGUCCAGAAGCAAAGGCAGUCAUCUCAUAUGAGGAGGAUUGGGUUCAAGGUGAAAGCAAUAAAAACCCAAAGAAGUAA